UCCUUAAUUUAUUCUACUGUAGAACAGCAAACAACAACAAAAAUAAUUGUUCUGCCCCAGCAUCCUGUCUUUGGUCUGAGACAGGCCUUCACUCUUCGUCUUCGAAAUUACACAUUAUUGUAUGCAGGAUAUUGAUUGAAAAAGACCAGAUAGGAUUCACAGUUACCCUUUUACUAGUGGUCUGACAAAAAAUAAAAAAUAAAUUAAUAACAUGAAAAUACAUUACAAAGUCAUUGUGAAAUAGAAAAGAAAAAGAAAUAGGGGCAAAGGCGGAAAUAUAAAUUAGAAAGUCCACUGUCAGAAUUUGUAACUCUUGUGUUGUCCUUUGUCUAUAUAUGCUUUCCAGUUGAAGGUUCAUGAGAUGUUGAGAAGUGCCUUUGAGCUAUUUCAGAGAACUGCUUUAUCAUUGGUUGAUCUGUAGUCUCUACAUUAGUGAAAGUCAAUAUUCACUUGAACAAUUCAUGACAAAUUUACAAAAAGUCUAAUAGAAAUGUGUAGAAUAUGCUUGACAGUUUAUUACAACUAGAUAAAAAAUGUAGCAUUUACUGUAAAGACAUAUGCAAUGAGCUAAUGACUUGAUGUUUUGAGGGGUAAGACUAGCACAGAGAACUAUAUACAUGUAAUACAUUUUGAGCAACAUGGCAAUAGGAAGUGAUUAUGACAAAUCAGUUGCAUAAUCAGUUUCAUGAACGUACCAAAGCAAAUGCAACUUGUUCAAAAAAAUUAGAAACAUUUUAUAAUGUGCACAAGUGACUAGAUGAUGUGGAGGUUGAACAGGUAGUUUUGAGAAUUUAAUUUCUGAUCUGAGAAAUGCACCAAACAGUAAGCUGACUUUGGCCCUUUUAUCUCCAUCGAAGGUUCUAAUUGGUGUGUGAUAAAUUUUGACUCCUAGUUUUUCCACUUGGGCAAUUGUGUGCUAAUUGAGCUCAAACUCUGCAGACUUGAGUGAACAAUAUUGAAUGCUGGUGCUUUCUAAAUGAACACAUGAUGUAAACACUGAGAAAUGUAGGGAUUUGUGGGUAGAGUUUUACAGUAACAGUUUACCAAAUCGCGUUUAGAUAAACAAAGUGGUAGCGAUCGGACAGGUAGGAUCUAAACCAUCAUAAAGCCUGCACUUGAAUACCCACAUAGUUUUGUAGUCGAUCUAUUAGUAUGUUAUGAUCUAUAGUGUUGAACCCAGCACUAAGAUCAAGUAAAACUAGCAAUGAGAUUCAGCCUUGGUCUGAUGCAAGAAGCAGGUAAUCCGUAAUAAAGUGCAGUUUCUGUGCUAUGAUGGGGCCUGAAACCUGACUGAAUUUCUUCUAAGAUAUAUAUAGAGAGAUUUUUUUUUUGCAAGAAGGAGCACAGUUGAGCAGAUUUUAGACAUAAACGGAACAUUAGAAAUGAGUCUGUAAGAGAGGUUUCUUAAGAAGAGGCUUAAUAACCACCAGCUUGAAUGGUUUUGGGACGUGACCUAAAGAUAACGAGUUAAUAAUAUUGAGAAGCGGUUCUUCUGCUACAAGUAAGAAGCAUUUCAGUAAGUUAGUGGGUACAGGAUCUAAUAGGCAAGUUGUUGGUUUAGACGCAGUGAUAAGUUUAUUUAGCUCUUCCUGUUCUAUUGUUGUAAAGCACUGCAGUUUUUUUGGGUGUGGUGAAAGAAGCUGACAUAUCAGAUGCUGUAGAAUCUACAUUUGUUAUUGUAUUUCUGAUGUUAUCUAUUUUGUCAGUGAAGAAAUUCAUAAAGUCAUUACUAUUAAACUGUAGGGGAAUAUUUAGACUGAGUGGCAAGUUGUUAAUCUUUUGUUAAUGUGCUAAAUAAAAACCUUGGAUUGUUUUGGAUAUUUUCUAUGAGUUUUUGGAUAUGCUCGCAGCGUAUAGAGCCUGUCUAUAUCUGGACAUACUGUUUUUCCACGCAAUUGUAAAAACUUCCAAGUUAGUUUUUCUCCAUUUGACUCUUAGUGUAAUACUGUUAUACCAUGGCACAGUCCGUUUUUCUCUAACCUUUUUCAAUUUGAUGGGGGCAACAGCUUCUAAUGAAUUGGAGAAAAUAGUGCCCAUGUUGCUAGUCAUUUUGUCUAGUUUGUGUGUAUUUAUGGGUAUACAGAACAGUUGAGAUAAAUCAGGCAGGCUAUUUGUGAAUCUAUAUUUGGUGGCUGGAACAAUAGUUCUGCCCAGACGAUAACGCUGAGCCAUAUAGUUAAUAUCAGUAAUAUGCAGCAUGCACCAUACAAGGAAAUGGUCAGUUAAAUGAAAGUAAAAGUCAGUUGACGGAGCUCAAACUCAAAGCGUGCGGAAACAACAGGAGUGUGGAUGGAAGGCCAAUACAGAGAGAUACAGACAUGUCUAAUAUUUUUGUUAGUCUAUUUAUUUAUUUAUUUAUUUAUUUAUUUAUUUAUUUAUUUGUCAGUCAAAUAUAUUAUUAUAAUUUAUUAAGUGAAUGAUCUAAGGAUCCUCAAAUGCAAUUUGUGUGUUUAUGAGAUGUUGUUGUGAAGCAGUUAACACUUGUAGGCUAUUUGUACUGGUCAGAUGAAGUGUGAGCUUUGAAACAUACGCAACUUAAGAUUAUGCAAUAAAUCUAAAGCAUUGUACAAAUGCUUUUUUAUUGAUUUUGUAUACUGAAACGUGCACGUUAUUUGAACGAAUGAAUUUGUCAUCUGAAACGUUUUCCCACAGUGUGUGGAGUUUAAAGACGCUCCCUUACGCACUACAGGUGUGUUGAGUGUCAACGCCAUCGUUGUUUUUCGUAUCACAAAUAAAAACCGAAAGCAAAUUUUCAGAGUUGAUGUUUUUUUUUUUUUUUUAUCUAAACAGCUAUAAUCAAUCGAUUUUAUACGGAAUAUCAGAGUUUCGGAAACCUUUAUAAAAGCCAUGAUUUUGCGUGUAGCUACUUUAUAGAAAAGCGGUGGAUUUUGUGAAUCUGUUUGUAAAUAAGUUCAGAUUCAGUGCUGGAGAUCAGAUUCUGUUUCAUCAUGGAUAACACACAAACAAAUAGAGGUGAAGAUUUUUCUCCACGAUGCAGUUCAGUUCAGCAGAUGAGAUCAGAAGCAGAGUCCAGCUGUGUGUCUAUGAGGAGUGAGGCGUCUAUGGGACAUCCAAUACAGUUUAAGAGUGGAGAUACAAAGACUGAUCUCAGUUCAGUUCAGCAGAAGAGAACAGAAUCAGAGUCCAGCUGUGUGUCUAUGAGGAGUGACGUGUCUAUGGAUCAUCCAAUACAGUUUAAGAGUGAAGAUACAAAGACUGAUCUCAGUUCAUUUCAGCAGAAGAUGUUAGAAGCAGAGCCCAGCUGUGUGUCUAUGAGGAGUGACGCAUCUAUGGGACAUCCAAUACAGUUUAAGUGUGGAGAUACAAAUACAGAUUUCAGUUCAUUUCAGCAGAAGAGAUCAGAACCAGAGUCCAGCUGUGUGUCUAAAAGGAGUGACCUGUCUAUGAAUCAGCCAUUAGAUUAUAGGAGUGAACAUACAAAGACUGAUCUCAGGGAUGAAGUCCUCAACACAUUUAGAUCAAAUCUGAUGGAGAAGUUUGAGCGUCUGUAUGAGGGAACAGUGACCCAGGGAAACCCAACACUCCUGAAUGAGAUCUACACAGAGCUCUACAUCACAGAGAGUAAAAGCGGAGAGAUCAGUAAUGAGCAUGAGGUGAGACAGAUUGAGACACAAUCCAGGAGAGCAGCAACAGAGGACACAGCCAUCAAGUGCAAUGAUAUCUUUAGACCUUUACCUGGACAAGACAAAGCCAUCAGAACUGUGCUGACAAAGGGAGUCGCUGGCAUUGGAAAAACAGUCUCUGUGCAGAAGUUCAUCCUGGACUGGGCUGAAGGGAAAGAGAAUCAGGACAUCCAGCUCAUAUUUCCACUUCCUUUUAGAGAAAUCAACCUGAUGAAGGACAAAAAACUCAGUCUUUUAGAUCUUCUUCAAGCUUUUUUCCCUGAAACUGAAGAUAUGGAAAUUUCCAGUGAUGAAUAUAAAGUGUUGUUCAUCUUUGAUGGUCUGGAUGAGUGUCGUCUGUGUCUGGACUUUCAGAGUGAUGUGAGGUUGUGUGAUGUAAGUGAAUCAGCCUCAGUGGACGUGCUGCUGACGAACCUCAUUGUGGGGAAUCUGCUUCCAUCUGCUCUCAUCUGGAUCACCUCCAGACCAGCAGCAGCUGAUCUCAUCCCCUCUGAGUGUGUCCAUCGAGUGACAGAGGUACGAGGCUUCAAUGAGCCACAGAAAGAGGAAUACUUCAGGAAGAGAAUCAGUGAUCAGAGUCUGGCCAACAGGAUCAUCUUACACCUGAAGUCAUCAAGGAGCCUCUACAUCAUGUGCCACAUCCCAGUGUUCUGCUGGAUCUCAGCUGCUGUUCUAGAGAAGAUGUUGAGUCGAGCAGAGACUGGAGAGAUUCCCAAGACUCUCACUCAAAUGUACACACGUUUCCUCAUCCUUCAGACCAACAUAAAACAUGAGAAGGACUAUGAGAAAAAUGUGUCAGAUGAAGACAUGAUCCUCAAACUGGGGAAAGUGGCUUUUCAGCAGCUUGUGAAAGGCAAUGUGAUUUUCUAUGAAGAGGAUCUGAGAGAGUGUGGCAUUGAUGUGACAGAAGCAUCAGUGUACUCAGGAUUGUGCACUCGGAUCUUCAGAGAGGAGUUUGGCUUGUAUCAGAAGAAAGUCUUCUGCUUUGUUCAUCUGAGCAUUCAGGAAAAUUUAGCAGCUCUGUAUGUGCACCUCUCCCUUACAAACCACAACAGAAAUGUGUUUGAGCCCAUCACCAGACAGAGUUUGUGGUCUAAAGUGAAGGACUGGUUUCAACUCAAUUCAUCAUUAUCUGAGCUACAUCACAGAGCUGUGAAUGAGGCUCUAAAGAGUAAAAAUGGACAUCUAGAUCUUUUCCUGCGGUUCCUUUUGGGUUUGUCAGUGGAGUCUCAUCAGAUUCUCCUACAACAAAUAAUGACACUAAAAAAAAGCAGCUCUGAGAGCAAUAACAAAACAAUUGAGUAUAUCAAGAUGAAGAUCAGGACCAUUGACUCCUCAGAGAAAUCUAUCAAUCUGUUCCACUGUCUGAAUGAACUGGGUGAUCAUUCACUAGUGGAUGAAAUACAACAGUAUCUGAAAUCUGGAAGAAUAAAGGAAGCCAAACUGUCUUCAUCUCAGUGGUCAGCUUUAGUUUUUGUGUUGUUGACAACAGAAGAGGAACUGAAUGAGUUUCGUCUUGAUAAAUUUGUUAAAGAAAAGAAUAACCCUGAAAAUAUGGAAGUUCUUAGGAAGCUACUGCCUGUGAUUAAAGAAUCCAGAUCAGUUCAGUUGUAUAGUUGUGGCAUCACAGAUGAAGGUUGUGCUGCUCUGGUUUCAGCUCUGAGAUCAAACCCCUCACACCUGAGAGAACUGGAUCUGACUAGGAAUAAACUAGUAGAUUAUGGAGUCAAGCUGCUGUCUGCUGGACUUGAGGAUCCUCACUGUAAACUGGAGAAACUGCGGUUGUAUAGUUGUGGCGUCACAGACAAAGGUUGUGCUGCUUUGGCUUCAGCUCUGAGAUCAAACCCCUCACACCUGAGAGAACUGAGUCUGUCUUGGAAUAAAAUAGGAGAUUUGGGUGUGAAGCUUCUCUGUGCUAUUCUGGAGGAUCCUCACUGUAAACUGGAGAAACUGUGGUUGUGUAAUUGUGGUGUCACAGACAAAGGUUGUGCUGCUCUGGCUUCAGCUUUGAGAUCAAACCCCUCACACCUGAGACAACUGGAUCUGUCUUGGAAUAAAAUAGAAGAUUUGGGUGUGAAGAUUCUCUGUGCUGGACUGGAGGAUCAUCACUGUAAACUGGAGACACUGCGGUUGUAUGAUUGUGGCAUCACAGCUGAAGGUUGUGCUGCUCUGGCUUCAGCUCUGAGAUCAAACCCCUCACACCUGAGAGAAUUGAGUCUCUCUGGAAAUGAAAUGGGAGAUUUAGGAGUGAAGCUUCUCUCUGCUGAACUGGAGGAUCCUCACUGUAAACUGGAGAUACUGCUGUUGAGGGAUUGUAGCAUCACAGAUGAAGGUUGUGCUGCUCUGGUUUCAGCUCUGCGAUCAAACCCCUCACACCUGAGACAACUGAGUCUGUCUGCGAAUAAAAUACGAAAAUCAGGAGUAAAGUUACUCUCUGAUCUGAAACAUAAUCAACAUUAUAAUCUGGAGAUAUUACACUAUUGACUCUCAGUAUUUAGACGUCAGUCCAGUUUCUUCAGGAUCAGCUGAUGGUGAAUAAGGAGCCACUACAGAGACGCCACAGUCACACAAUCAACAGAGACUGAAGACACAGACACACAGCAUCACACUGUCAUGUGUGUCGUCUUUUUUAUUGUCUUGUUUUAUAGAUAAUGGCCCGUGAAACUGUGUGCAGAAUCAUUUUGGAUUCACUAGAUAUUGUCUACAAUGUAGAACAGUGGUGUCAAACAUAUGGCCCACAAAGAUGUCCAAUCUGGCAACCAGGAUGAUUUGAACAAUAAUAUAAAAUAAUAAAUAACACAUUAUUUGAAAAUUAAAUGAAGUGGUGUCAAACAUUUGGCCCACAAAGAUGUCCAAUCUGGCAACCAGGAUGAUUUGAACAAUAAUAUAAUAUAAUAAAUUACACAUUAUUUGAAAAUUAAAUGAAGUGUAUUUUGUUACAAACUGCUUCAAAACUUGGGUUGAAGAUCCAAGGGUAAUCAACUAUCAUAAUCCAAAUACCAGGCAAAGGGUCAAAAUCACAGGGCAAACAAUCUUAACA